AUGGUUGCCUACAAAACCUUUGGUCUUGCUGUCACCGUCGUCUUCGGCAUUGCCGGAACCGCGAUGGCUGAGCCUCGGGACAGCUCCAAUGUUGCCUUCUUGGAGGCCCGCAACGUCGAUUAUGUCGGCUCGAUUGACCUUGAAAGACGCGAUAGGAAGGGUGCUGCAGGCGCUCUGGCUCAGAACAGUGCCCAACUUGCCAACAGCAUGGGCCGCAGCUCGAAGGCAGGUCCUAAUGGUGCCGUGGCCAGUCUCGCAAAGAACAGUGCUCGUGCUGCCAACGCUGAUACCCCAGCUCUCAUCCGCGCUGAGAUCUUCCUGAUUCCAGAUUCCGACUAUGGUCUCCUGGAAGGUAUCAAGAUUUCGAACAUUUGUCUUCUCCUCUGUUCUCUUGAUCAAGUUUAG